AGCUUCCUGUUUUAUAAGGAACUUGGAUUACCAGGCACGGACAUUUUACUCUCUUCCCUUUUUGGAAGAGCUGCCAAAGGUCACGCAGCCAGGGGCCCACUCUGCAAAUGUAAGGGGCAAGCUGGCCAAAGUAUGAUCCCACUGGGGUUCUUUCAAGUUUUAGUAAUUCCGGUAAAUUUAAUCCUGAUUCAGUUGAGAAUUGGGGAGUCCUUGGCAAUACCACUUCUUUCUGAGCCCAUACGAAUCCGUGGGGUUUUAGCAGAGAAACAUACCUUCGUUCAUUUGAGUGGAAGAGAGAAGAGAGAAAUUCAGUGCCAAGUUGGGCACUAUCUUCACCCAAAUAAAACUCACUGCUGUAUUAAGUGCCACAAAGGAACUUACCUUUCAGAACAUUGUUCAGGGCCAGAUAAAGCAACUAAAUGCUCUGUGUGUCCCGAAAAUGCAUUUAUGCCUACAGAAAAUAAUUCACCAAAGUGUUUUGCAUGUCAAUCAUGUCGUCCAAGCUUUCAGCAGAUAAUAAAGUUCAGUUGUACCAAGUGGGAAAACACUGUUUGUGGUUGUGACAGUAAUCAAUAUAAAACUACCGGAGAUUCUGAAUUCUUAUGCAAGAAUUGCAGUGACUGUCAUAAUGGAAAAAUCAGACAAGACUGCAUGUCAGAUAGUGAUACAAUAUGUGAAUGUCACAGGGGAUUUUUUCUUCAGGAGGAUCAGAACAAAUGCCUUCCCUGCAGCAGCUGCAAUAAGGAAGAUUGCCAGGGGCAGUGUGAAACAGGAAUGGAAACUAAAAGGCCAUCAAAUUCCACAGAACUCGUAUCUGUCCUCAGUUUCUUGACUGUCAUGUUUGCAAUUGGUUUUAUUGCAUUAACAUUCAGAGCUUGCAAGAAAUAUUUUCCAGAAAGACAGUACUUCUCUUCCUGUACUUCAGGUGAACAGUUAAAAAAGCAACUUGCAUCCAAGACUGCAGAUAAAGCAAAAAACACUCUUUUGGACAUAAAAGAAGAAACUAUCUUGGGUACCAUGCAAGUGCUACCAUUAGGGAACGGCCAAGGGCAAGAAUUGCCAGACUGCAUAAAAUCUGCAAGAGAGACCCGAAUUUCUGACAGCCCUGUGGUUUUAUAUGCUGUGAUGGAUGCUGUACCAGUGUUACGAUGGAAGGAAUUUGUGAGGAACCUGGGACUGAGCGAAAAUACAAUUGAGAGAAUUUUUUUUGACCAUAGGCCUGUGCGGGAUGCACAAUAUGAGACACUAAAAGAAUGGAGACUAUUGGCAAACCAUGAUGCUACUAUGGAGCGCAUCAGUCAGGUUCUCAGUAAAAUGGACCUAAAUGGAUGUAUUGAGGAUAUUCAGGAAGCACUGGCCAAACAGUGAGAGACAUUGUAUUAUCUGCUUUCUUUCCAAAGAGAACUCACUAAUGCAAACUUAUUUUAUCUUCAAGUUUGUUUUUCCAUUGUACCAUAAAUGGAAUUUUUUAAAUAUACUGUGUAUCUCUAACAUAUGCUUUAAAUGGAAUCAUCCAGUUAAUUAAGUGAAUUAAGGUGUGUGUGUGUGCGUGGACAUCACACACACACACACACACACACACUGAUAGAUCUCUGUCAUGUUGUACUGGUCUUUUUCAGAGAUGGAUUUUGACCAUUUCCUUUGUUAGCCUUCUAUUUUUUUAAGUCCUUUUGUAUAGGCCACAAAGAAAAUGUAGGCAAUUUCAUCAGAUGUUUGGUAGUUUAUACUUUACAGUAUAAAUUAUACUUUAUAAUAUAAGAGUUACCUAUUAAGUAUUCAUCCACUAUAUAGCCAAACUCAUAUGUUUGUUUUGGUUUUUAAUGCCCAUUAUUUUUGUCUACUACUUACUGUAUAUGUUACAUGUACCCAGUAUACACUUGUGAAAGAAUAUAGAUCUUUUAAAACAAGGAAAGGAAUGAACAUAUUAAGGAGGGGGGGGACUUUGAGAAAAGAUUGUUCAGUUUUAAGGAAGAGGAAACUAUGAGAAAGAAACUUGAAACAAUAACACCUUGAUUUUGGAUCCUGUAAGAUGGGUCAGAGAGAAACUCUGCCAAGUUUCAAGAUUUUGCUUUUCUUCCCUACAACAAUAAAGAGCAUUCCUGGAACCUC